CCCGACCCGGGCCACCUCCGUGCUCCGGUGUCCGACCUGCAGCGGAGCAAUGGGCUGCCAGAGGCUGAGGCAGAAGAGCCGGGCAGUGUCCCCACACCAGAGCCCGUCCGCUUCGGCUGGGUGAAGGGUGUGAUGAUUCGCUGCAUGCUGAACAUCUGGGGAGUCAUCCUCUACUUGCGCUUGCCCUGGAUCACCGCCCAGGCAGGAAUCGCCAUGCACACCGUGGGCUUCGCCGAAACUGUCCGGGAUCUGCUGCAGGAGCACAACUCCCUCAUUGUGGACCCCACCAACGACAUCCGCAUCAUCGGGGUUGUCACCGUGACGGUGCUGCUGGGCAUCUCCCUGGCCGGCAUGGAGUGGGAGGCCAAGGCACAGAUACUGUUCUUCCUGGUCAUCUUGGUUUCCUUCAUAAAUUACCUAGUGGGGACGGUGAUCCCAGCCACUGCCGAGAAGCAAUCCAAAGGCUUCUUCAGCUACCGAGCUGAGAUCUUUGCCCAGAACUUUGUGCCCAACUGGCGUGGACCUGAGGGCUCCUUCUUCGGCUUAUUUUCCAUUUUCUUCCCGUCGGCAACCGGCAUCCUGGCUGGGGCCAACAUUUCGGGUGACCUGAAGGAUCCUGCCGUGGCCAUCCCCAAGGGCACCUUGAUGGCCAUCUUCUGGACCACCGUGUCCUACCUGGUGCUUUCUGCUACAAUCGGCGCCUGCGUGGUCCGGGACGCCUCGGGCAGCCUGAACGACAGCGUGGCCGUGGGCUCGCCGGGCUGCGAGGGGCCGGCCUGCGGCUUUGGCUGGAACUUCAGCGCCUGCGCCCAGCGCCAGAGCUGCCACUACGGGCUCAGCAACUACUACCAGGUGCGGUGAGGGGCCGUCACCCACCCCAGUCCCUGCUCCUGGUCGGUUUGUGCGGGGAUCUUUGGUGCUCCCCUCUCCUCGGCACUCGCCUGCCUCGUCUCAGCCCCCAAAGUCUUCCAGUGUCUCUGCAGGGACCAGCUCUACCCUCUCAUAGGCUUCUUCGGGAAGGGCUAUGGGAGGAACAGCGAGCCCAUCCCCAGGUGGCUCAGUCCCCACCACUGACAGCUCGCUCUCCUCCACGCAGCCGAGCUCAACGCCAUCGCCCCCAUCAUCUCCAACUUCUUCCUCUGCUCCUACGCCCUCAUCAACUUCAGCUGCUUCCACGCCUCCAUCACCAACUCCCCAGGUGGGCUGGGCUGUGCCGUGCCGUGCCGUGCCACACCGUGCCGUGCCACGUGAUGGGCGGCCCUCAUUGCAUUUGGCAUCGUCAUCUUCCUCCUGGGAUAUGUCCUCUACAAAAAGCCGGAUGUCAACUGGGGCUCCUCCAUGCAAGCCAGCUCAUACAACAUGGCCCUCAACUACUCCGUGGGGCUGAGUGAAGUGGACGAGCACAUCAAGAACUACAGACCGCAGUGCCUGGUGCUGACCGGCCCUCCGAAUUUCCGCCCGGCCCUCGUGGACUUCGUGGGGACGUUCACCAAGAACCUCAGCCUGAUGCUCUGCGGCAACGUGCUGAUCGGACCACGCAAGCAGAAGAUGCCGGAGUCCCAGCUGAUGGCAGACGGCCACACCAAGUGGCUGAUGAAGAGGAAGAUCAAGGCUUUCUACACAGAUGUGGUGGCUGAGGAUCUGAGAAGCGGUGUCCAAAUGCUCAUCCAGGCUGCUGGCCUUGGCAAGAUGAGACCCAACAUCCUGGUGCUGGGCUACAAGAGGAACUGGCGGACGGCGUCCCUGCAGAGCCUGGAGGACUACGUGGGCAUCCUGCAUGACGCCUUCGAUUUCAAGUACGGCGUGUGUGUGAUGAGGAUGAAGGAAGGGCUGAACGUCUCCCGAGUGCUGCAGGCUCACGUCAACCCCACGUUCCAGGCAGCAGAGCACCCCGAGGAGAAUGGCACCGGUGGCAGAGCAGCCCUGGGCACAGCAGACCCCACCACCUUGGCCGGCGAGCAGCAGGCGAGCACCAUCUUCCAGACCGAGCAGGGCAAGAAGACCAUCGACAUCUACUGGCUCUUCGAUGAUGGAGGUCUCACAUUGCUCAUCCCUUAUCUCCUGGGGCGCAAGAAGCGGUGGGGAAAGUGCAAGAUCCGGGUGUUUGUAGGUGGGCAGAUCAACAGGAUGGAUGAGGAGAGGAAGGCGAUCGUGUCUCUGCUGAGCAAGUUCCGCCUGGGCUUCCACGAGGUCCACAUCCUCCCUGACAUCAACCAGAAACCCCAGCCGGAACA